CUUGAACCAAGAAACGUCGCUCGUAUUGAGCACAAUAUCGUCAUAUCAUGCGACUGAGCCUCGUAUUGCGGCGCAACAAGAGCCGAACGUCGUAGAAGUCCCGCACGCGAGCCAAUGAGACUCGAAUCGCCUCUCCGAGAGCCUCACAAGAGCCACAACCAUGCCACCAGGGCCAAGCAAGGACGUGAUCAGCUGUUCCUCCUCCGUAUAUCCGAUCACACUCUGUUACUACCAACAGUUAGGAUGACAUCGUUGUGGCCAUUCAAGAAUAACUACCAGCGUCUCCUCAACACACUCCAUACAUUCCUAAUUCACACAAGGCCCACAAGAAAUAAUCGCCAACAUGUUCGCCAAAUCUGUCGCCAUCGCGUUGGUCCUAUCAUCGGUUGCAUCAGCAUCUCCCACUCUCCGCAUGCGUGAGGAUAAAUGCACGAUUGCCUACGACGCAUGCGUCGCCGCAGGAACCGCUGAAGUCAUUUGCUCAUGCGACCGAACCGCUUGCUACGGUGAGGACGCCGCCCGCAUCCGCGAAUGGUGCUCAUCUCAAAUCGCCCUCCUCCCCAAGUCGACUUCAACAGCUACUUCAGCGGCGGCCUUCUCAUCCAUAUCCGGCAUCCCCGGCGGCUGCAACCCAGCUCACCCCGGAUCGUGCCCUACACCAACCUCAGCUCCAGCCGCCACUUUCUCAUCCAUCUCUGGCAUUCCCGGAGGUUGCAACCCUGCCCACCCCGGAUCUUGCCCUACGCCAUCCGCCGGGUCUCAGCCAGCCGCUGUUCCUACACCAACUGCCGCCCCUUGCCCUGCGGUAACCGGAACACCAAACUCCAGCCCCAAGCCCGUUGAGGGCAAGACAUGGACCGUCUCGAACUUGAUCCGUUACUGCAUCGACGGCAACUCCGGUUGCGACUACAACUUCGACGUCACUGCAGACGGCAAGACCGAGCACUGCACUGUUAUCCGCAUGCCGGGCUCCAACGCUGCUACUGAGAGCUGGGCCAACCAGUCGUGCGGUACUGACCUGACCGUGUCUUGGGGAUACGCUGCGCAGCCCGCGCCCGCGUUCGCUGUUAUCACUGUCAGCAAGUGCAGUGAGCUUGCUUGGUUCGGCGUUUCUGAUGUCAAUGGCGGAAAGGUUUCUCCCAGCAGCCCCUUCGGCUCCGGUGACUUUGGCACUCUUCCUGCCUCUCCUGUUUACACCUACUACUAGAUGGUUUUGAUGUACGAUUGAUGAGACGGAAAUGAUAUAUUGUACGAAGUGGGUGGAUUGAGAUUAAUGUAAUGACUUCAAUAGAGUAAUAGACUUGGUAAUUUAGAAAUGGCCGUCAGCUGAUGUAUUGGGCG